CACCAGGACAAAGAAAGGGCCAAAGGCGUCCAUUUCUUAGCCAGGCUCCUCCCGGCACCUCCCUCCACCUCCUCCGCCUUAAUUUAUUACUCCGCCUGAGGUGAACGGGAGUAGGCGAGAGGGCUGGACGCUGCAGGGCGGGAAGACACUGGCGCCGAGUCCUGUUUAAGCCUUUAGUGGAGGUUCACGUGUGCUGUGGUGCUGCGGUUCUCGGGGUUCUGUGCUUUAUGGGCAGGGAGACAGACAUGGUUCUUUGUCUGACUCUGCCUCACGCCGCCGCCUCCCGUGCCUCCUGCAGCGUGUCCUCCCCCCGUGAUGCCCCUGCCCAUGCCGCCCCCAGCCUCAGCCCCCGGUGGUGUGCCCCCCUCCAGAUGGACUUGGCUGUGAAUCAUUCUGUACUCUGAUUCCUUUACAAGAGAGCCACGCACGCGAGCCACUCUUGGACAUAACUAUAAGCGUCUUGUGUCCCCGAUCGUUCAUGCCCCUACGAGAAAUAUAGUAUACAAGGUGGAGGGGGGAGAGGAUGGGGGCAGACCAGCAGUUUUGUCUUCGCUGGAACAACUUUCACUCAAACAUCACCUCAGCGUUUGAGUCCUUACGAGAUGAUGAGGAUUUUGUCGACAUCACGCUGGCCUGUGAGGGUCGACAGAUAAAAGCCCACAAAAUGGUUCUCAGUGCCUGUAGUCCAUACUUCAGAAGUUUGCUAAAAGGUAACCCGUGUCAGCAUCCUAUAGUGUUCCUGAAGGAUGUCACCUUCGCCAACCUCACCUCCAUCCUGGACUUUAUGUACCACGGCGAGGUGAAUGUCUCCCACAAUGAGCUGGCCACCUUCCUCAAGACGGCGGAGGCGCUGAAGGUGCGGGGCCUGGCAGAGGACGAGAAGAAAAAGGACGCGGAGGGCUACAAUGAGAGCAGCUCUCCCCCCCCAUCUCGGGGCGAGCCCCCUGACCCGGGGUCGUCGCCCCGCCCCGAGGAGGGCGGCAGCGCCCCCGACACCCACCUGAGCGGGGACUCCCCCCAGCCCCCCCCCUCCAAGAGGCAGCGGCGGCGGUCGGCGGCGUCGCUGCACUCCGCGGAGGACAACACGAGCGAGACGGUGCUGAGCGAGGGUCAGCGGGACUCCUCGGCCUCGGUGAAGAACGAGCCGCAGGACUACCCCGAGGACGAGGACAACAUGCUGGCCUCGUCCGCCCCCGCUACCCUCGAGCCGCAGGACCUGAUCAAGGCCGACCUCGAGGACCCCGACGACCGCUCCUUCGGCCCCUCCGACUCCGUGACCAUCAGCCGCAGCCAGGCCGCCAUGCAGCAGCUGCAGGAGUCCUUCGGCUCCUUCCUGCCAGGCAUGGGCCAGGCGCCCUCAGGGUUCCUGCCCCAAGGUGCUACAGACCUCCCCAGACCCCCGCCCUACCCCCUCGAGGGAGUGCAAGGUCUCCCUCCCGGUAUCUCAGCGCUCCCUGGCCCCUCCAUGUCGCAAGGUGCUAGCCAGGAAACCGGCCAAGGGGCGUUCGGCGGGGGCUUACUCGGGGAACGAAAACCGCGAUGGCUGUGUCCAGUCUGUGGGAAGCUGCUCAGCACUCGAUCCAACCUAAAGAUUCACUUACAAGACAAACACUCGUCGCUGCAGCACGCUUUUCCAUGCCCAGUCUGCGGUCAUGUUUAUAAGACUAGAAACUCACUCCAUAAUCACAUGAGCAUACGACAUCGCGGAGUUCGUAUGCCUCCUCCCCCUCCUCCUCCUCCGCCUCCUCCUCCGCUCUCAGCAUCCUCACAUCCUCCUCCUACUUUGGGGUCUUCCUCGUCUUCGUCCUCUUCCUCCUCCUCGUCGCUACCGCCGCCCCCCUCCUCCUCCUCCUCCUCGUCCUCCCUCCUCGCUGGGCACCUGUCUCAUCACCACCCUCACCUCCAUCACCUCCACCACCAGUAAAUGCCUUAGUGUGUUUCUCUCUCGUGUUUUGGUGUUGAGGGGGUUAGCUAUCACCACCACCACCACCACUACCACGACAACAAAGAUUAACACUACCACCACUACUACUACUACUACUACUACUACUACUACCACUACUGCUUCUGUUAUUAGUGAUGGUCUCAUUCUCCUCCUCCUCCUCCUCCUCCUCCUCCUUGUCAUUCCUCCUCAUUCUCCACACUCACACCGCCUCAGAUAACCACCACCACCACCACUACUGCCACAACCAACCCCACUCACUGUAGCAGCUACCUCCGUAUAGUGCAACCAACAACUACCACCACAACCACUACAACCACUACAUACACACUACAAAUACAUAAAGAGAACGCGUAGUAAACAGAUAUGAAAGCUUAAUUAACACAAGAAAUCAGGUAAAAGUGCGUAACGUAGGGUAAUUAGUGAGCACACCUGAGGAAGCUUGUGGACAGGUGAACUCAGGUGUCCGAGAGAGAGAGAGAGAGAGAGAGAGAGAGAGAGAGAGAGAGAGAGAGAGAGAGAGAGAGAGAGAGGGAGAGAGAGAGAGAGAACAGGUGAAGGAGGACUAAUUAAAGGUAGAAAUAAACAGGUAGAAAUAAUUGCCUUAAAAUCAUAACACUGCCAGAGAGAGAGAGAGAGAGAGAGAGAGAGAGAGAGAGAGAGAGAGAGAGAGAGAGAGAGAGAGAGAGAGAGAGAGAGAGAGAGAAUGGUUUGUAUAUGAGCUUAUUAUCAUGGUGGUGGUGAUGGUGAUAGUGGUGGUGGUGGUGAUGAUGGUGAUGGUGAACAUAUAUUAGUGACAGCGGCGGUGGUGGUGGUGGUGACGGUGGUGGUGGUGGUGGUGGUGGUGAUGAUUUAAAACAUGUAAUUUGUGAUGACCUUUUUGUAUGGUGAUGAAGAUGAUGAUUAUAAUGUAUGUUUGUAUAGUAACUUAGUGAUGAGGUGAUGAAGAUGCUAUGUAUAACUUCCGUACAUAUGUAUACGAUGUGUAAACACGUACACAACAUGUCCCCCUACCCCCCUUUACCCCCUCCCCACCCUUAAAAAUACAUACAUACACACAUACGCGCACACACACACGCACACGCAUAUAGUAGUUUAUCUGUACUUAAAAAUGGUUCCUGUAGUUUAAUAAGUAUGUUUGACCGUGUGUGUGUGUGUGUGUGUGUGUGUGUGUGUGUGUGUGUGUGUGUGUGUGGAGUUGAAAAUCAUGUCUGAAAUUUUUUUGUGGAAUUUUUUUUAUUAUUUUUUUCUGACAAGUUAAGGAUGUUAUGCUGAGAGAGAGAGAGAGAGAGAGAGAGAGAGAGAGAGAGAGAGAGAGAGAGAGAGAGAGAGAGAGAGAGAGAGAGAGAGAGAGAGAGAGAGAGAGAGAGAGAGAGGUCAUUGUACUGUCACCAAACACACACACACACACACACACACACACACACACACACACAUAGACACACACACACACUCUAAUGAUGAUAAUUGUGAUGAUGACGUAAGCGUGUGUGUCCUCGAUGACGUCAUGCGAACCAGGAAGUGACGUCAUCAUUCGCUAACACGGUAAAAAAAUAUAAAUAAUGACUAACAAAAAACAAUAACAAAAACAGACAAAACAUCGGUUCCUUUUAGGCUUAAGAUUAUUUUUUUUAUUAUGGCAACACUUUUUCAGUUAUUUUUAUUUUUUUUAUUUUUUAGGUUUAGACUCGAACGCUGUUUCAUAAUUUAUCGUCCUUGGUGCUGCUUUUUUCGUGUUUUUUUCCUUUUUUUGUUUUGUUUCGUUCCUGUUUCUUUUUCUUUCUCUUUGUCUCUGUCUCUCUCGUAAAGGAUGUUUCGUCGCCUUUCCCAAAAUGUUUCGAUGUUUUUUCUUGAAGUUUUCGUUCGGAAUUUACAUAUUUGUUUGUAUUUCGUGGUGAGAGAAUGACAGUUUUCUCUUAUUUUCGUUCUUCCAGAGAGAGAGAGAGAGAGAGAGAGAGAGAGAGAGAGAGAGAGAGAGAGAGAAACAGAAAAAAAGAGAGAGGGAGUGAGUGUCAAGUGAAACGAACGAAACAAUCUGGAAUGAGGGAAGGAACAGGCGAGGGCGUGUUUCAGAAAGUUUCGCUCACUCACACUCGGAGAAGAUGGAGGAGGAAAAAGGGCUUGACUAAGGAGCUGUUUCAUUGUGUUUCGAUUUCGUCAGAUGUAUAUUCAGACCUGUUCCGUGUGUGUGCGUGCGUGCGUACGUGUGUGGGUGUGUGUGUGUGUGUGUGUGAGAGAGAGAGAGAGAGAGAGAGAGAGAGAGAGAGAGAGAGAGACAAAAAUAACUCCACUGAACGAAACACAGACACACAAAAGCGAAACGGAGUGAAACUUUCUUGUGUUGUAUAAUUAGUAAACAAGAAACAAACAAAAAGAUAUUCAGAGAGAGAGAGAGAGAGAGAGAGAGAGAGAGAGAGAGAGAGAGAGAGAGAGAGAGAGAAACACAAUCGCAUCUACGUACAGAAUAAAAAAUGAAAGAGAGAAAGAAAAAUACGCAUAAAUGUAUUGAACUAAUGUAUUUGGAUGAAUGUAUGAGAACAGAUAUGCUAAUUAGUGACCUGGAUGUUACCUGGCGGAGGGAGGUUACCUGUAAACACCUGAGGACACCUGUGAUUGGAUUCCUAGUUAGAUUAGUGAGACUCAUGUGAUUGGACCUGUGAUUGGGAGCGACGAAUUUGCAUGCAACUAAUGUUAAUGUUAUUAUUGCUACGGACGAUUGGCGGGAAGGAUGUUAUAGAGGAUACUGAAAGACUUGAAUGAAAUUGGCGAAAGCUGUGAUUAGACUAUUGUUACUUCUAAUGAUUGGCGGGAAGCUGGGACGAAAAUGUUAAUAGAUAAGACUAAAACAAAUGGAAAAUGCCAAAGCUGUGAUCUGAACUGUUUACUGAUAUUUAAGAUUUGACCAGUAGCAAGGAGUUUAAAUUGUUACUGAAGAUUGGAAAGUAACAAGACGUACCAUUUGAAUAUUGUAUCUAUGUCAAAUGAAGAAAGGUGUGUGAUUAGAACUGGAAGAUUGGAAAGUGGCGGAAAGUAUAGACAUUUGGAUAUCACUUCUAAAACACAUACAAGAAAUUUUGAGCUGUGAUCGAAACUCUUAUUUUUACUUCAUAUUGUAAAGGAACGGGAAUGAAAAGGUUAUAAAUAGUGCUUCUAAAAUACACUUAUUGGAACAAAAAUUGAACUGUGAUGAGAAUUUUGUAAUGCUACUCAAAAUUUGAAAGUAGCAAGAUCUAAAACGUUAUAAAAAGACUGAGCUGUGAUAUUUGAACAUUACUUCUAAAAUGCAGUUCAAAAGUUUAACUAGUGAUCUGAAUUACUACUUCGACUACUGUUACUGUUAAGAUUGACAAGUAGCAGGAACUAAAACUAUUUGAAAAUCCUAAAACCACACGUGAAAAGUAACAUAAGUAAUAGCUGUGAUGUGUAGUACUACCAAUACUACUACUACUACUACUACUACUACUGGUUAAGUUUUGCAUGUGACCGGACCUAAAGCAUAAGACUUCAAAAAAACACUUCUAAAACUAAAAACACAAAAGUAAAACACAAAAGUCGAAGCUGUGAUUAAAAAGGAAGCCAUGUCGUGUGUGUGUGUGUUUGUGUGAGCGAGAGGGAAAGAAAGAAAAACAAAAACCGGAGCUGUGAUUAAUUUUCUGUGUAAGCGAAGGGAAAAAAUGGAAAAACCAAGUGUGUCUGUGAUGGAAACAAGACUACUUUUUUUUCCUUCUAUAAGAGCCGCGCUGUGAUGGUGGAUUAGUAUUGUUAAGGAUUAGACUGUGAUUGUUGAAGAGGAGACCUGGGAUUGGCUAAGACAAUUAAUCUACGCUGUUCAGGCUAACAAGGCGAAUAGGCCCCGCCCACCUCACGCUCCGCCAAUCGUAUGCAGCGUUGCCAUAUUAUCGUAUUCACCAUCAGUUUUUAAGCCUCAAACUCUCGUACUUACACAAAAAACUAUAGAUAAUUGAAGUUAGCGUUAAAACUUAUUUAGUGCUGUUUAUUUGUUUGUUUUUGCUAUAGUUAUCGGCCAAACUACGAAAAUGCGAUGAGUACGAUAGUUUGGCGGCGAGGGGGCGUGGCUUCCCUGUGCAGUAGCCAAUGGGAGCGGCGCACUGGAGGAAAGGGGAGGGGCCUAUCCGCCACGGUAUCCUGAACUAUUUUUUUCUUACAAAGGGACCUGAUGGAGUAAGAUGGAGUGGGUUUGAGGGAGAGAGAGGGUGGAGGACUUUGAUAUUCUGUACCAAGGCCUGUGAUUAGGUUACGUAUUAAUAGAUAUAGUGUAAGGCGUGCGUACGUGAGUGUGUCGGUCUGUGCGUACGUGAACUCUUACGCUAAGGGGAAUGUUGUUAUGUCCGUACGUACGAUAACUAUGUAUAUGUGUGUGAAGAUUGGAUUAUGUUUAUUUUAAUCGUACGGUAAUCAUGUCCGUGCGUACGAGGGUGUGUUGACGCAGCGCGACGUACGAUAACCCAGCUAUGUCAGAGAGAGGACGAUAUUUUGUUUGUUAUUAAUAUUUUUCUAUGACGUACGUAUGAGAAUGUCGUAAGGAGUGUCUGGUUACGACGGUUGACGGUACUUAUUGCGGUAGUACGUAACGAUAUAAGCUUUGUUCUGUUUACGAAUACGGUAUAAAAGUCUUCGUAAGGUAUGCAGUAAAGUCUUUCCAAACGUAUACGUGUGUCUGAAAAAAAGGUGAUAUUGAUAGAGGAAACAAGAGAGGUUCGCGUAAGGGAAACAAAAGAAGAUCGUAUAAAGGAAACAAAAGAGGAGAUUAGGGAAAUACAAAACAAAAGAAGAUCGCAUUAGGGAACAAAACAAAUUAGGAAAUACAAAGAAAAGAAAAAGAUCGCAUUAGGAAAGCAAAACAAAAGAAGAUCGUAUAAAGGAAACAAAACAUAGGAUGAGGGGAAAACAAAACAAAAGCGGAGAUUAGGGGAACACAAAACAAUAGAAGAUCGCAUUAGGGAACAAAACAAAUUAGGAAAUGUAAAUAAAUAAUAAUAAAAGCUCGCAUUAGGAAAACAAAACAAAAGAAGAUCGUAUAAAGGAACCAAAACAAAAAAGCGGAGAUUAGGGAAACAAAACAAUAGAAGAUCGCCUUGGGGAACAAAACAAAUUAGGAAAUACAAAAAAAAUAAUUGAUGAUCGCAUAGGAAAACAAAAGAAGAUCGCACUAGGGAAGGAAAACAAAACAAAACAGCAUCAGAAUAACAAAAGAGAAGAUCGCAUUAGAGAAAUAAAACAAAAAAUCGCACAA